CUACUUUACUGCACAUACAGUCUGCCCCUUGUCUUUUCACUGUAAACUUUUGUUCUUUUCUCUGCCCGUGAUCCUUGCUACCCCCAUUUUCACCGCCGGUUAACCACCGUUAAUAAAGCCCAUAAGUUUACCAAAGCCUCAUUGGGGCCCGGGUCAAAUCAUUUGGUCAUUUUCUCUGAUUCACUGCAGAUCAAUUUCAAUGGCAGCAGAUAAACUAUACCAACUACGAAAAGGAUAGUCCAACUCUUCUCAUUGCCACUAUAAUAAUUAUUAUCAAGCAGCUGAGCGAAAAAAAAACUCAAAAAAAAGUUCAAAAUUGAGAUCCCCUUUGCUUUGCCAAGUCCCGGAGCCUUCUCUCUCUUCCUCCCAACCACCGCCAUCGCCACCGGCCCAGCCAGAACCGGACCGUUCAGGCCGUCUCCAGAUGUUCCCGAGAUUGAUUCAACCCCGUGAGGCCAUUUUAAGCCCGGAGAACAUCCAGGUCACUGGGUACGGUCAACGCGUUGGUGGGGACCCGUGUUUGGUCCUUACAUCCGACCCAAAGCCCAGGCUCCGGUGGACGGCUGACCUCCAUGAGCGGUUUGUCGACGCCGUUACCCAGCUUGGUGGACCCAGCAAAGCGACUCCAAAAGCUAUAUUGCGUACAAUGGGUGUUAAGGGAUUAACUCUAUUUCACUUGAAGAGUCAUCUGCAGAAAUACAGACUCGGAAAGCAAUCUGGGAAAGAACUUGGUGAGGCUUCGAAAGAUGGCGCAUACCUUAUGGAUAGCCCUCGUCCAAGCCAUUCUCAGAACUUACAAGCAUCUGAUGUGAAUGAGGGUUAUGAAGUCAAGGAGGCUUUGAGAGUGCAAAUGGAGGUUCAAAGCAAGCUACACUUGCAAGUUGAAGCAGAAAAACAUUUACAGAUCCGCCAAGAUGCUGAGAAAAGAUACAUGGCCAUGCUUGAACGAGCCUGCAAGAUGCUUGCCGAUCAAAUUCUUGGGUCCCCGUUUGCCAACGACGAUGGAAAUGGCAACUUAGGAAAUGGGUCAAAGGCCCUGCCCAAUAAUUCCCCCAACCCACAAAUAUCAUCAUACCCAGCCCAAUCUGCAGGCCCAUUAGUAGCCCAUGGCCCAGUGGAAAUCCCUCCAAACCUCCAUCAGCAACCGACCGACUGCUCGACCGAGAGCUGCCUCACGUCCCAUGAGAGCCCAGUGGGUUUACCUUCCUCACCCGGCGUGAAGAGGGCCAUGCUGAACGUGGACCCCACAAAUGCCUCGUUUGUGUGGGGUGAGUCGGAUGUGUACACCCCUAACCUAACCAUGGUACAAGUUGGCCGUGAGCAUGUUUUUAAUUGAGUAGGUUGAAUGCCAUUCUACAGAAACUUCUUGUUUAAGGUGAAUGGUCAGAGGGAAACUUACUAAGNUUU